AUAAAUUGGCACAAAAGAGUGAAAAGUAAAACUCACACAUCAAGAAUCAUGAGAUCUGCUAGUAUUUUUUUGGUUUCUUGUAUUCUCAUGUUUUUCAUCAUGAACAAUGUCAAAGACGUGGAAGCUGGAUUGACUCCAAUGGAUAACCAAUGCGGCCGGAAGGAUAUAUUUGUCGGGGGAUGCGGUCCCGACGGAAACAAAACGUGCAUAAACGACUUUGUUAAGAAAGGAGGUGAAGGGAAUAGGCCUUCUAGUUGCGAGUGUGAUGACUUCGGCGAAGAACAUUUAUGCCGAUGUAAUUUCUCUUGCUAGCUUUUGUUAUGGCCUAUAAACAAAAUUCUAUAACAGAAAAUAGUGGAGAAUAAUAACACAGAACAAACUAGUUAUUGUUGUGUCUAAAAUCAUAAGAAAGUUUGAAUAAAAAAAGUCAUAAGAAAAUAGUAGCAAACUUAAUAAACCUAAUUUUUAUAGGUGGUUGCCCACCAUGUUCUUUUACCCCAAUAAAUAUUUUUUUUUUAAAACAAUAAAUGACGGCCUCACGCAAUUGCAAGUCAUCUCACGUACCAUGAUUUGCAUAUUAGUAUGGUAUCAGAUAUCAUAUCACAUCCCAUGGGAUCACGCAAUUGCAGAGCGACAUGUUUUCUUCAGCUUCUUUUUUCUAACUUUUUUUUGUCCAGUUGGAGCCGACUUAUUGGGUCAUAGUGGGUUCGGGAGGCAACAGCCUGAGCCCGUAAUCCUUCAACCGUCAAAAGCGGAAGAAGGACGCUGCUCUGUGAAACGAGCCUCACACAGUCUCCGCUCUAAGAGAGUCUGAACCGGCCUUCGCUCGAGUCCGGACACUCAACUGACUUGGAAUGGGAAGGCCAGUAAAGAGCAAUACCGAACCCAGCCCAAAGAGAUCAGCCCAAUGUCCCAUGACCUUAUUGUCUGUCUCCACUUAGAUUACAAGCCUGCAUUACCAAACUCGACAGAAUGUAAUUCUCUAGCAUCAUCCCUUUGUUCCUUCAGCUUCUUCGUAGUAAAACAUCACGAAUUUCUGUUUUAGUGGGGUUUAGACUGCUUGCCAAUUUAAAGGUCUUUUUUUUUUAAUAUCAUAAUAAACCAACAUAAAUACUCAACUAUAUUCAAUCAUGAUUGUAAAUUUACACAUAUUUUCUUUUCUAAUAAUAAUUUCGUGAAUGUGUGAAAUAUGUAUAUAUAUAAAUUAUCAAUGUUUUUAUCAUACAUCAAUUUUUAUUCAUUGAUUUCUACGAUACUUUAUGCAUUAUAAGUUGACCAUAAUAACUCGUUCAUAUAGAUAAAUUCAUAGUAAAAAUAUUGUUUCGAUCUUAUGCGAUCAUCCGUUAGAGAUUCGGCAGCCUUUUAUAUACAAGGCCCGCCCAAAUGGCAAGUCAGCCAAACAACCACUCUGAACAUAUAGCUUUAGAAGGUAGAUUUUUUUUUCAUGUUUAUUUAUUUUUAUUUAUAUGUAAAUAUGAUUUACAAUUCCUUUGAUAAUAUUAAUAUUUGUAUAAAAGUUUACCCUCGUUUAUGUAAAUUUUACUAAAAAAUAUAUUGAAUAAGUUAUGUGCGUUUAAAGACAAUGGUGGACUAGGUUUUAAGGAUCUUAUGGAUUUUAAUACAGCGAUGCUUGGAAAGCAAUUGUGGAGGCUGAUUGAGAAGUCAAAUACUCUUUUUUCUAGAGUCUUUAAAGGACAGUACUAUAGGAAUGCUUCACCCCUAGAACCGAUCCGAUCUUACUCUCCGUCAUAUGGCUGGAGAAGUAUUAUAUCUGCUAGAUAUUUGGUUUCUAAAUGACUAAUUAAAAGGGUGGGAACAAGUUCAUCUUUUUCAGUAUGGAAUGAUCCUUGGAUUCCAGCCACUCGCCCGAGACCAGCAAACAAAAACCUUCAAAACAGUUACCCGGACCUCACAGUGGAUUCCUUCAUUAACUCGGAAUCCCGAACUUGGAACCUUGAGGCAAUUAGGGCUUUGGUGGAUCCUCAUGAUGUAAAAAUCAUUGAAAGUAUUCCAUUGAGUAGAAAUCAGAUGGAAAAUAGGAAUGGAUGGCAUUUCACUAACAAUGGGAAAUAUUCGGUUAAAUCAGGAUAUCAAGUGGAACGGGUCUAUUCUAAUAAGGAAAAACCACCUGAUUUUUAUAGACCAACAGUGGAUAUACUAAAAGCCUUCUGUUGGGAAGUGCGGUGCCCGCCGAAGAUAAAACAUUUUUUAUGGCAACUCCUUUGAGGUUGUAUAGCGGUAAUGAAGAAUCUUAGCGCGAGGGGAAUACAAGGGGAUAUAUGUUGUGCUCGAUGCGGAGAUCUGGAGGAAACAAUAAACCCUGUGUUUUUUGAAUGUCCUCCAACACGUCAAGUGUGGGCAUUAUCUAAAAUACCAUCGAAUCCCAAUAUUUUUCCUACUUGUUCUUUUUUCGUAAUAUGGAUCAUCUUUUUUGGAGAGUUAAUCUAAAGAUGGAUGACCAUCAAUUUGCAUGGAUAUUAUGGUAUAUAUUGAAAGGCCGGAAUAAUAAAGUGUUUAGUAAUCUGGAUAUUGAUCCAAGGGAAACACUUCAAUUAACAGAAUUUGAAUCAUCAUUUUGGGCUAAGGCACAUGUAGUCACUGAUCAGCAGAGGGAGCGACAUGUACUGCCCAGACCCACAUUAGAAACUCCAGGACGAUGGUGUUUAUAGAUAAUUCGUGGAAAGAUAAGGAACUAUUUUCGGGGCAGGGAUGGUAUAGUACAUUAUCGGGCUUUGAUGUUUUAUUAGGAGCAAAGAAUGUAAGGACAUUUCUUUCACCUCUUCACUCGGAGGUGGAGGCUUUGAUUUGGACAAUGGAAUGUAUGAAGAAUUUACGACAGUUUUAGGUUACAUUUGCAACUGAUUGUUUUUAAUUGGUGAAGGUGGUUUCGGAACCAGCAGAAUGGCCAACAUUUGAAAAUUACCUGGAAGAUAUCAAGCUUUUACGGAGAAGCUUUCUCAACUCAGAUAUUGUUCAUGUACCUCGGGCAGAGAACCUACGGGCGGAUAACUUAGCACGCAGUGCUAGGAAACAACCGUCUUUCGUCGUUUACAUGGAUGCGGAGUUACCGUUUUGGUUUACAUAGUCAAUAUGAAUAUGUGAAUGUCUGAUAAAAAAAAAUAUAUAUAUUGAAUAAGUGUAUUGUUAAAUAAUAAUUAUUUUUAAAACGUGAAAUUUUGUAUUAUCAGUGAAAUAUUUAUGAUAACAUUGACUAAUAUUGAUGUGCAGUUAGUUUGAUAAAAUUAUGUGUGCCAACUUUUAAAAUACUUUUUUCUCUGCUUAGUACAUCCAAAAAUAAUGGACCGAGACCACAUAAACCAUCAUAUGUUGUAUCUUUCAAAUCUACAAGAUCGGUCCAUCUGCAAAUAGAAAAAUAAUAAAACAAAUAUCAAAAUAUUGACAAAGUAUAAUUUAUAUUUUAGCAAAAAAGUGUAAUUCAUAUCUCAGAUAAUUAUUUUAUUUGCUUUUAGAAGUUAAAAUAAAAAAAAGAAAGUGUGGAGAAGAAAAUAAUAAAUAAAUAAAUAUAGAAAAAUGAAAGUGUGUAUUACCUUAACUAACUUAUACACAUUAAGCUAUGAUCAAACAACCGGUUUAAUCCAGCAGAUAGAAUUUGAAUAAAUAAUGGACAAAUUUAGAUAGAUCGUAAUAUAUUUAGCUGUGAGCUGUUUUGUAUUCAACCACUUUUAAAACUCUUACGUACUUAACAGUCUCUAAAAUGAAAGAAUUGUCAGAAAAAUGCAUAUUUUUGUAAAAGAU